GUACCUGUACCGAUAGGUCCUUCCUUGCCGAGGCGUGAUCGUCCUGAGGUCAGAGAGCGAUAUUGCCGAGUCAUGCUCAUUUUAUUCAAACCAUGGACCACUGUGGCUGAUUUGCGCAGCACAUUUGGGUCGUGGACUGAUGCCUUCGAAGCUUUUGUGAAAAUAUGUUCGCCAAAUAAGUUAUUUGUGAUGAAGAAUAUGCAGAUUUUGCAUGAAUGUAAAGAUAGUCGAGACGAUCAUUUUGUGAAUCGUCGC